AUGUUAGUUACAAGUAAGGCAAAAUUUCAUAUUCGCUUUUUACCUUCACGAUGGUUUUGUACAAGCGAAAAUGGAAUAGAAGAACCAUUUUUAGUUGCAGAUAAGUUUUAUCAAGAAACACAGAAACAAUCGAGUUGCUCCUUUUCUGUUCAAUAUUUAUCUGUUCUUGGAAAAGACUCAAUGGAAGAGAAUCUAACUGUUUUAGAACAAAAAGUCACUUACAGAAAAAUUCAUGGAACAUACAAGAAAGCUCUUUGUAAGGCGUUACAAACGCAUUCAAAAUCUGAAAAAUUAAUCAGUUUGCUCGAGGAAUUUGUUGAUGAUAGCAAUAAAUCAAAUUUAGAAGAUCAUGAAAGUGUUACUGAUGCAGAUGAUAGUGAUAAAGAAAAUGACAAAAUUGAUAAUUCUAUAGCUUUUUGUAUUAAAAAUCCAAAAGUACGUCACGGUAAGGGUCGACCAACAGGUAGUAAACAUCUCAAAUCAGCACACGAAGCAAGAAAUAUCAAAACAAACCAACGUCGAUGCAAAAAAUAUGGAGAACUUGGUCAUUAUCAAAAGGGUUGUAAGAGCAAAUCACAAUCUGUAUUGAAACACGUCCAGGAUACUAUGUCCGUAUUGAAACACGUCCAGGAUACUAUGUCCAUAUUGAAACACGUCUGGGAUACUAUGUUGAGAAAUAUUGACUAA